AAUAGCUCAGUCGGUAGUGAGUUGGAUUGUCGUCUGCUAGGACAGUGGAAUGACUCAGUCGGUAGUGAGUUGGAUUGUCGUCUGCUAAGACAAUGGAAUAGCUCAGUUGGUAGCAAGUUGGAUUGUUGUCUGCUAGGACAGUGGAAUAACUCAGUCGGUAGCAAGUUGGAUUGUCGUCUGCUAAGACAAUGGAAUAGCUCAGUUGGUAGACAGUGGAAUGACUCAGUCGGUAGUGAGUUGGAUUGUCGUCUGCUAGGACAGUGGAAUGACUCAGUCGGUAGUGAGUUGGAUUGUCGUCUGCUAAGACAGUGGAAUAGCUUGGAAUAA